CCAAUACUAAACCCAAAAUACUUGACUAAUCCCAUCAUCUAAUCAUGGGGGAAAUCACUACAAAAAUAUAAUUUUAUUAACGAAAAAAAUAAAGUUAAAAAUUCCGAAUAAAUUUGACAAUUAUCACUCUUUUCCUUUUAACAUGAACCACAUAUCAGUCAGUCAGUCAGUCACUACUCCCUCUUCACCACCUUCUUUCUUGCAUACCACCAUAGUUAAUGGUUUAUAAAUUACUCAUUUCUUGUAUACAUUUUUUUUGGUAUCAAUCAGGAAAAUGGGAGUUUGCCAUUUAUCCCUUGAUUCAAUCUUACCAUGGAAAUUGCUUCAAAAUUCUACCAAACAAACCCAUUCAUAUAACAAACUAAUACCCACUUCACCAUUAACAAAGAUGAUUAAUCAACACAAUCAAACUAAAAUCUUGAGCAUCAAUCAUUCUUCCUCUCCUGGUUCCCAGAUAACUACAACAAAUUCUGGGUAUCAUUCAAAUUCUACUGAUUUUGAUCCUAUUUUGUUAUUUUGUGCUGAAAAUGGUUAUGUUGAAGAAGCUCAGAUGUUAUGGGAUGAAACCCUAAACAGUUCUUUUACUCCUAGUUUUCAUUUAGUUUCAUCUAUUAUUACUGCUUGUGCAAAAACUGGCCAUUUUGAUCUUAUUUCUGAUAUUUUGACUCAAAUUAAGAAUAGAAGCUUUAGCUGGUUGCCACAGGUUUAUGCUCUUGCAAUCAAAUGUUUUGGGGCCGGGGGCCGGCUUGAUUGUAUGGAACAGACAUUGAAUGAUAUGGUUUCAAUGGGUUUUCGAGUCGAUUCUGUAACUGGAAAUGCUUAUGUAGUUUAUUACAGUAUGUUUGGUUCUUUGGCAGAAAUGGAAUUUGCAUAUGGUAGGCUAAAGAAGUCUAGAAUUAUCCUAGAAGAAGAAGGAAUUCGCGGUGUUUCUAUGGCAUAUAUUAAGGGAAAUAAGUUUUAUGCAUUAGGGAAGUUCUUGAAAGAUGUGGGUUUAGGUAGGAGGAAUGUGGGAAAUCUGUUGUGGAACCUUUUGUUGCUUUCUUAUGCUGCUAGAUUUAAGAUGAAGAGUUUGCAAAGGGAAUUUUUGGCAAUGUUAGAAGCAGGAUUUCGGCCUGAUCUUACGACGUUUAACAUUAGAGCUUUGGCCUUUUCCAAGAUGAAUUUGUUUUGGGAUCUUCAUCUAAGUCUUGAUCAUAUGAGGCAUGAAAAUGUUGUUCCUGAUCUUGUAACUUAUGGUUGUUUGGUUGAUGCUUAUAUGGAUAAACGGAUGGGAAGAAACUUGGAUUUCGCAUUGAAAAAGAUGAUAAACUUAGAUGAGGCUCCAUCUGUUGCAACUGAAUCGUUUGUGUUUGAGGCGAUGGGAAAGGGUGAAUUUCAUAUGAACUCAGAGGCCUUUAUGGAGUUCAAUAGGGAUAAAAGAUGGACUUACAGAAAGCUUAUUGGAGUACAUCUGAAGAAACAACAUCGGAGUAAUCAAAUAUUCUGGAAUUACUGAUCAAACAUGUAAUUUCUGUUACCAAAAAUCAACUAGUAUUAUCUUUCGCUUGGUAAUUUUAGCUUGCAUAGUUGUAUGUAUAAUGUUUGUGUAUAAAACUUGACUUACCAAAUCAACAACUAUACUGUUUUAUUGUAUGAAUCAGUUAUUAUCAUCUUUCGUUCAGUAACUUCAGCUUGUUGUAUGUAUUACUAGUAAUGUAUAAACGACUUCAGCUUGUUGUAUGUAUUACUAGUAAUGUAUAAACAACUUCAGCUUGUUGUAUGUAUUACUAGUAAUGUAUAAACAACUUCAGCUUGUACAUAAGUUUUAUUGUAUGAAUCAGUAUUAUCAUCUUUCAUUCAGUAACUUCAGCUUAUAGUUGUAUGCAUUACUGGUUAUGUAUAAACA